GGCGACCGAAAGGGGCGCGAGAGAGGCCGUUGCCCCCAACGGCCGAACAAUUGACGUUGGUCUCAGACGGGAUAGGGCGCAGAACGCUCCACCGGUGUCCGUGAAACUCGUCAUCUCCGCGAGGCGCCAUGGUAGGGAGCGGGGGUUUCUGUGGUGGGGCUUUAGGAGGGACGGCAUGGCGGGUGUUGAACCCCUUCGGCUGAGGGUGUUCUGACGGGGGCCGUGAGCUCGGGGUAAGAGGGUGGUAAGCAGGGCCCUAUGGCGAGCGGGGAGACGGAAACCCGAGGUCUCCCGCAUCGUGCGCGGCGAAGGCCGGCCGACUCGUGGCGCGCGAGCACGAGGGAACGAGCGGCGGUUCCGGCAGCCAAUGGAGAGCGGCCGCGUGACCCCGAAAGGCGCGAAUCUUGCCGAGAGAAUCGGUUGGCUUCGCGCCGUUGGCGGUCUUUCCUCAGGGCCGAGAGCGCGAGGGCUGACCGUCGCUUCGCCUCAGAUUCGCCAUGGUGGGGAGCGGUGGAAUAUUGUGGUUUUGCUAUUAAAGGGUGGCAUGGAGGAGGAGGCGUGAAAGCGGUCGCUUUCCUUUGAGUCAUGCCCACAGUGGGAUAAGUCGGUGUUGAAAUGUAAAACAGGUUAUCCUGGCAUGAAAUCGUGGAGAAGGGCGAAAGGGGACCGUGGUCGGGAGGGAAUGCACUGUAAUUAUUAACCGUUUGGGAAGUGCGUAGUGGCCAGAUUAGGCAAAAUGCUGUGAAAGAUGACAGGUAAUGAGUGCAUAAGUAAAACUUGAUUGGAUCAUAUGGGAGGUAAGAGAAAUACAUUCCUCUUUGAAAGUGUUAGUUAAACAGGCCUCGGAUAUUCCAUUAAAUAGAUUAUCUAGGCUGAGAUAGUGGUGUGUUUGAAAAGAGAGCCACUUUAAAAAAAUAGUCUUUGGUAUCUGUGAUGGUACAAUUUUUUUAAAAAAAUUCUCGAGUCAUUUACAAAAGAGCAAACUAAUUUUCACUCUUCUAUGUGUCUUUGUUUUGUUGUUUUUUUAACAGCGUGAGUGUAUAUCUAUCCAUGUUGGACAGGCUGGUGUUCAGAUUGGUAAUGCUUGCUGGGAGCUGUAUUGUCUUGAACAUGGAAUCCAACCUGAUGGUCAGAUGCCAAGUGACAAGACCAUAGGAGGUGGUGAUGAUUCUUUCAACACUUUUUUUAGUGAAACUGGAGCUGGCAAGCAUGUGCCUAGGGCUGUCUUUGUGGACCUUGAGCCAACUGUGGUUGGUAGGUAUAUUGCUGCUUUCUGAUGUAUGAAAUUGCUAGUGUUAAAUAGACUAUAUUGCAGUUUUGAGCAUUAUAUUAGAGUUAUUAUAGAUUAAUAUUAACUUUAGCAAUACAGAUUUUACAAAAUAGUUUUGUGGCAAGCUAUCUUUUUACCAUUUCAUGCAUAAUGUUUUAAGGCUAAAUGCAUCAGGCAAAGGUGAAAUAGGAAUGGUUUACAAGAUUCUUUAUAAUGUUUUAUAGAUGAAGUGCGUACAGGCACUUAUAGGCAGUUAUUUCAUCCUGAGCAACUUAUUACUGGAAAAGAAGAUGCUGCCAACAAUUAUGCCCGAGGCCACUAUACCAUAGGAAAAGAGAUUGUUGAUUUAGUGCUGGAUCGCAUUCGCAAACUGGUAAGUUUUAUUGGAAAACUAAGAACAGACACCAACCUAUUUCGCUACCUUUCAAACUAGUCAGAAAAAAAUAUUCUAUUAUGAAAAUAGGAGAGUACGUUUAAAUGGAAAGUAUCAUUAACAGGCCAUAAAUCCAAAGGACACACACAACCAAAUGGCUAAUCACACCCUCCUUACCACCUCCCAUCUUUAUACAAACUUAACUUACAAGUAAAGACCCAUCAAUCUUGAAUUAAUUUGACAUCUGCACAGACAGCUAUAGAACUACUGUAAGUGAGUAGGUUUUUGUAACACAUACACUUGUACAGAGAGCAAUAAAAUAUCAACACAUGAGUAUUGCAUAGGGAUCUUCUAUGUUCACAGGAUUUUGGUAUGUACAGACUUCCCAUGUUCUGGUUUAGGUCCUUAAUCUUAAAGGUAUGAUUUUAUUGUGUCAGAAUAGAGUUUAAAGGUGAUUGAAAUAGAUUUAGUAGACUUAACAAAGACAGGAAAAUUGGUUCUUUAUUGCACAUUAAAAAGUAUUCCCAAAGCCAUGCACUGUAACUGACCACAUAAAUAAUUAGAAGUCAUUUUGUGUCUUAGAUGGGGGGGGGCAUACACCAGUAACAAGCUAAUUUUAUCCAAGGCAACUAUGUUAUCUGAAAUAGAUAAAUAAAUAAAUUCUCUUUUGUUCACACAUACAAUUUUUUAAUAUUUUUCUAGAAGUCUUUGAUUUCAAGUAAAAUGUACUAAAGAUUUCAUUUUACUACUUAUUAAAUUCAGUGCAUUGUAUCCAACAUUAAACAUCUUUGUAGACCCACUGAAAUUAAUGGGCUUGAUUAAUUUAAGUUGACUUAUUAGUUCUACACUAAAUAGAACUUACUAGUGUAGAAUGCAAUACUGAACUACUGCUUAGCUUUAUCUAUCAAACAUCAAAACAGCAUAUUUCAUGAAAUAAUCAGACAACAUUAAAUAAGUCUAGGAUCAUUAGAUUUUAAGACUUUUUAAGAAAAAUGGAAGGAAAUUUUUAAUUAGCCAAAUAUUUUAAAUGCACACAGUGAAAACAAGUGAUUUCUAGGAAUGAUUUGUACAUUAAGUACACACUUAGAAUACUUAAGAAUGCUUGCUGUCUUUUUCUUCUAGGCUGAUUUGUGCACAGGUCUUCAGGGUUUCCUUAUUUUUCAUAGUUUCGGAGGAGGCACUGGCUCUGGAUUUGCAUCUUUACUCAUGGAAAGACUGUCAGUUGAUUAUGGCAAAAAGUCCAAAUUGGAGUUUGCUAUUUACCCAGCUCCACAGGUAUCUACUGCUGUAGUAGAGCCUUAUAAUUCUAUCCUUACUACACACACAACAUUGGAGCAUUCUGACUGUGCCUUCAUGGUAGAUAAUGAAGCUAUUUAUGAUAUAUGUCGACGCAAUCUUGACAUUGAACGUCCCACUUACACCAACCUAAAUCGUCUCAUUGGCCAAAUUGUUUCAUCAAUCACGGCUUCACUCCGUUUUGAUGGUGCUCUGAAUGUAGAUCUGACAGAAUUUCAGACAAAUCUUGUCCCAUACCCACGAAUCCAUUUUCCUUUGGCAACAUACGCACCUGUCAUCUCAGCUGAAAAGGCAUACCAUGAGCAGUUGUCUGUCGCUGAAAUUACUAAUGCAUGUUUUGAGCCAGCCAACCAGAUGGUAAAGUGUGACCCUCGCCAUGGCAAAUAUAUGGCCUGCUGCAUGUUAUACAGAGGUGAUGUUGUCCCAAAAGAUGUCAAUGCAGCUAUUGCAACUAUCAAGACGAAGCGUACCAUUCAGUUUGUGGAUUGGUGUCCAACUGGAUUCAAGGUAUUUUAAAGCAUUUUAAGUGAAUUUACAGAACCUUUCAGCCAUUUCUUUAUAGGUGGUUUUCAUGGUGCACAAGCUGUCCAUAAGUUCAUUUUUAAUCUGUUGUAAAUUAACAACUAAUAGGUAGUUGUUUUCACAUUUGCCAUUUUAACAGUGCAGUCGUAAUUUUGAAAGUGAAAUUAGUCAAAUUAGUUCAUAGAAAAUGCUUCACUAAUCAAAUACAGUUUUAAAAGUUUAUUGAAGAUGCAGGCCUCAGUCUAAAAUGACGGGGUACAUUUGUUCAUUUAUGAGGCCCCUUUCAUUCUUUCAGAGCAGGUCCUUGUCACAUAGUUGUAUUGAAUUCCAAAGAUUUCCAGAUACUUUUUAGAGGCAGGCCCAUGUGCCGUGCUUCUUAAUCCAAAUGGGAGAGUAUGCAGUAUUCAGUGCACUUAAAAAACACUAUGUAUGAUAUGCAAGUGCAUUUUAGAUAUCCCAGCAAUAUUAAAUUCAUGUAAAUUACAUUUCUUAUUUGUCACUAAGAGACACAAGAUAUCCAGUAGUUUGGAAAGUACAUGGUCGUACCACUUUUUUACUAAUUUGUGGCAGUUAGCAUUUCCUAUCAUCAUUAAGCUCUCAAAGUAGAAUAUUAAAGGGUGAGAUUUUUCCUUUAAAAAUCUUCUAGCUAAGGACUAUUAUUAUUGUUUCUAUUUUUUAUUUUCCCUUUUACCCAGAGUACUCAGAGCACUAUACAGUGGUACUUCGGGUUACAGACGCUUCAGGUUACAGACUCCACUAACCUAGAAAUAGUACCUCGGGUUAAGAACUUUGCUUCAGGAUGAGAACCGAAAUCGCAGCAGCAGUGGGAGGCCCCAUUAGCUAAAAUGGUACCUCAGGUUAAGAAUAGACCUCCAGAACGAAUUAAGUUCUUAACCCGAGGUACCACUGUAUAUAGUGGCAUCGCAUUUUAUUCUCACAGCCUUAUAAAGUAGUGUAGGCAGAGAGAUUGUGGCUACCCUGAAAAUAAGCUUCAUAGCAUAGUUUGGGAUUUGAAUACAAGUCUCCUUGAUUAAAGAACAACUGUUUGCUACACCACAUCAACUAACCUAUUAAAAGUAAAAUAAAAAAGUAUGUAACAGAAAUCACCCCUUAACCAGAUAGCUCAUAUAGAAAUGGGCUGCAGAUUUUUACUCUGCGGAACAAAGACAUUUGGGCAAGGAAGGAGGUCCAGUUUUCUCCAUUUCCUCAAAUAGGUGACCAGAUGGAAUAGCGCCCGUCAUUGCUUUUACUGAUUUUCAGAAUUGGAAUAAUGUAGGUUUUAAGAAGUAGGGUUUGCCUAUCGUUUUUAAAGUAUUUGUUUAGCAUUGGGGGGGGGGCUUAACUAGAUAGAGAGACUUUUAAAUAGUUUGCCCUUUCCUGGUAGAUUUUGUGAUCUUAAGAUAUUAAUAAGUUAACCAUAUAUUUAACAGUAUUAUUACUAUUAUUAUUUGAAUUUAUAUACUGCCCUAUACCCAGAGGGCUGUCUUGGCUGAAAUGUAACUUAAUGAUGACUGCAUUCUGAAUGUUAAUCCUGUGUAGUUUUAUCGUUUUAUUGAUACACACAACCCCCGGGUCAAAAGUACAAUCUGCUCACAGUGGGAUCCUCAUGAUUGCCCACAAACCCAUUUGUCCUUCCCUCCCUAUGGUGUAGAAGCAGAACCUCAGGACAUAGUGGAGAAUAGAUACAUACAUUUUUUAUAUUCUCAUCUACCUGAUUGUCUUGUUCAAGUUGCUUAAUAUUCAGUUCACCUCUAAUUUUCUUUCUGUAAUGUCCUUGCCUGCUGUAAUGGGAAUUAAGGAAAAAGCAAAACUCAUAAGCCCUGCAAUGAUUCCCUUGAAUGUGGGUGGUGGAGCAUUGUGCUAUAGGGAAACAUAAUUAAACUUUCAUUUUUCUUCUAGGUGGGCAUUAACUACCAGCCUCCUACUGUUGUGCCAGGAGGGGAUCUGGCCAAGGUGCAACGUGCUGUGUGUAUGUUAAGUAAUACAACUGCCAUUGCAGAAGCUUGGGCUCGUCUUGACCAUAAAUUUGACCUGAUGUAUGCUAAGCGAGCCUUUGUGCAUUGGUAUGUUGGAGAAGGUAUGGAGGAAGGAGAAUUUUCUGAAGCUCGUGAAGAUCUAGCUGCUCUUGAAAAAGAUUAUGAAGAAGUGGGUGUUGAUUCUGUGGAAGCUGAGGCUGAAGAAGGGGAAGAGUAUUAGAAAAAAAAGUAAUGUCAGAUGAUUAUUUGAAAAUAUUUUCAUACUUCAGUUCACUUGUUCUGUUUCAAAUAAACAUUUAAGCGUUCUAGCAGUUUCGUUUAAUCAUUUAAAAUAGCUUUAAAAUCUUUCUUAGAAUAGUUAUAAAUAUAUUCUGAGAAAAGUAUAAAAUAAAGUUUCUGUCAGAAAUGCUAUAUACUGCCUCCUAGAUUUGAAGAUCUAUUCUCCUUUCCCCCUUGCAUUCCUUUUGCAACGAUCUUGAAAACCUGAAAAAUGAAAAAUUUAUAUUGAAAAGAAUCAUACUAAUACGUUACAAGAUCCUAAAUCUUAGCAGACAUGUCUUUAUAAUGAAAAUCACAUGGGAAUAUCAUUGUGCACAUUGAGCUUUGUGUUAAAUAAAGAAACAUGAAUGAAUGUAUGUAUAUCUUCCGUUAUUUCUUUUUUAAAACUUUCUGUUUCCUAUUCUAUGGUUUAAUAGAACCUGAUAAUGGUGUCAUGUUCCCCCUUAUACAGGACAUUUCCAGAACCAACUGGAAAGAAUACCUCAUGAAAGUAUCCUUAAAGCUUAGGUAGAAAAACUAUGUAAUCUGCCCAUGUAAAUUUUAAAAUAAAGACAAAAUGCAAGCAAUACAUU